AUGAUCAAGAUAAACUUUGACGGUUCUGUUAAAGCGAGAGCUGCUGCGUCAGGCUUCAUUUUCAGAGAUCAUCUAGGGAAUCCUCUUCUGGCCAGUGCUUCGAGCUCAGGGCAUGCUUCUGUGCCAAUCACGGAAGCAACGGCUCUACGGGACAGCCUUGCUGCUGCCAAGGAUAAGGGGUUCCAGUUCCUUGAGGUGGAAGGAGACUCAAAACUCGUUAUUGAUGCUGUUAAUGGAGUCUCUCAUCCACCUUGGCGACUGAGAAAAAUUAUCCAGGACAUCCGAUCGCUUGCUACCUCUUUCUCCACUAUUACCUUCAAACAUGUGUUUCGAGAGGCAAACUUUGUUGCUGAUGCUGUUACUACUCUUGGUCAUCUUUAUUCUGAUCGUGUUUGGUGGGCGAAUCGCUUCCCACAUGCGGUCACUAGGGCUAUUUUAUUUGAUUCUGUAAACGGUGGAGGCCAACGUGGCCUUUGUAUCUGA